GAUGCGAAAAAUGAAAGACUUUGGUUCAAAACGAACACAAAAUUGGGUAAAUUGUAUUUCGAUCGAAGGGAGUUCGGGAAACUGGAGAAGAUAGUGAAGCAACUUCGUUCUUCAUGUAAAACUGAAGAGGGUGAAGAGGAUCAGAAGAAAGGAACCCAACUGCUAGAAGUUUAUGCGCUCGAAAUCCAAAUGUAUACCGAGCAGAAGAAUAAUAAAGCACUCAAAGCACUCUAUGAACAAAGUUUGAAUGUGAAGAGCGCAAUUCCACAUCCUCUCAUUAUGGGUGUUAUCAGAGGUGAUACAGUUGGCUUUUGCACCGUUGAUUCAAUCAUUGCAAUAAUGAUUAAGAACUGA